AGAUUUUGGAUAGUAUUACAUAUGAUAAUCUGAUGAUAAUUUGAAUCGUACUACCACCCUAUGGAUGAUACUCUAACAUAUAGCUAGGUGGGUACGAUUUAACAUUUCAUUGUUUUAUACAAUUUUAUAAGUGUAAUAAAAUGGAGAUGUCAUGAAUAAAUAAACGAUUUUGUUUUGCUUGGUUGGCUCCUAUCAAACAGAGGAAGAAGCCGGUGAAUUUCCUAAUUAACAAAACUACAAGAUGAGUGAUAUUUAAUACAGUAACAUGGGGUCUGGACUUAUAAAAAGAACUAACAUGGGAAACAACUAGGGUAUAUGCAUAGUAAAUGUAUUUUUGCCUUCUUGUCAACCAUCAGUUUUAUUGAUGGCUUGAAAUUAAUUAAGUAACCAGUUGAUCUUAAGUCUCAAUGAUGAGGCAUGUCGACGUCCAUCCAACAUGAUAACAGAGCUCUCACGUGCACCAAGGAACUCCACGCUUUUCUAUUUCUCUACAAACUCUGCUUCAUUACAGAGGAGCUGAGAGAGAGAGAGAGAGAGAGAGAGGACUCAACGGUUUUGGUUUUGCUUGUUUCUGCUUUCUUGUGUUAAUCUUUUUGUAAUAAUGAACCUCAAAGAUCAAGAUAUGGGCGAAGGUAUGCAAUGCAUAACACAUCCUUAUACAAAGAACCCUGGUGGGAUAUGUGCAUUGUGUCUCCAAGACAAACUCGGUAAGCUCGUCACUUCCUCUUUCCCUCUCUCUAAACCUAACCACGUCCCUUCUUCUUCCUCCUCUUCGUCUUCUUCGGCUAAUCUUGUCUACAAGAGAAGCAAAUCAAUGGCUGCUUCUUACGGAGAGAGUUUCAGCCAGCGGAAACGAAGUGGGUUCUGGUCUUUUCUUCAUCUCUACUCUUCCAAACAACACCAAGUUGCCUCCACCACCAAAAAGGCCAACAACGUUAGCCAUUCUUCGAGACCAAGAAACAAGAUCGAUAACGGGAAGCACCAGACAACAGAGACAUCAAACCAGGUCGUUGGUGGAGGCAUUGAUGUGAUAGUUAAGGAAGAGGAUGAGAGGAGCUCUAGUGACAAAGUGGUUGCAGCAACGCCAACAAACAGUGUUGGUAGUGGUGGUGGAUCUUCUUUUGGGAGGAAAGUGUUGAGAUCAAGAUCUGUUGGGUGUGGAAACAGAAGCUUCUCUAGCGAUAGGAUCUCUAAUGGGUUUGGAGAUUGUGCCUUGAGAAGGAUUGAGUCACAGAGAGAAUAUUCCACAAAGGUCAGUUGUAAUAGUGGUGAUGAAGCAGGUGAUGCGAUGAGUGAAACGGUGAAAUGUGGUGGUAUCUUUGGCGGGUUUAUGAUUAUGACACCAUCAGCAUCAACUUCAACAUCAGCAUCAUCAACAGUUGUUCAUCAUCAUCAUAAGAUGGGGAAUAGAAGCGCAUGGGGAUGGGCAAGUCCAAUGAGAGCCAAGACUACUCAUAGAGGACGUACUAGUACAUAGCCUUCAACUGACAAGAAAACAUCUCCAAACUCGGAUUCUUUUCCUUCAUUGGUUACUAUGAAAAGCUAAAACAGAUGCAUUAUUAGUACUUUCAAUAUCUAUAUCAUGUUUCAUUCAUGUGUUUAUUAGUUAGGCUGUUCUUUUGUUCUUUGGACAUCGGUUUGAUAUUUUGUCUACAAUUAGUAAUGUAAUG